AUGGAAGUCGUCGUUCGAUAUUGGAAUAGAUUCUUUAAAAACAAAUCUCUUAUAUCCCUCUUCCUCGCGUUUCUCGCUCACACGCCUACUCCUACUCCAGCCGCCGGCUUCGACUCCCGCCGCCUGCCGCCACCCCCCUGCUGCCACCUCCAGCCACCAUACCUGCUCGCACCGCCUGCUCUCCCUCUCACGCCGCCGCUCACGCUCCCGUCGCCCCCUCCGACUCCCGCCGCCUGCCGCCUGCCGCCAUCCCCUUCUCCUACCCCCUGCUGCCACCUCCGACUGGCAUGCCUGCCCGCACCGCUUGCUCUCCCUUUCACGGCCUCGCCCAGGCUCCCCCCCCCCUGCCGCCACCCCCUCUCCUACUCCCUGCUGCCACCUCCGGCCGUCAACACUGCCUCGCCACCUCCGCCCGUCAACACGCUCGCGCCACCUGCUCAGCUCCCACCGCCCGCUCCUGCUCCACCUCCUCAACACUGGCUCUCGCUGUUGAUACGAGACCGCCCAGAUCGACGACCUCGGCUCGCUCCGAUCAAAGUGGAAAGCUUUUAUGAUGCUCUGAUUAAUGAAGAAUUACGUCUGGAAGAGGAUGUCAUUCGCGCCAAUGAAGCCGAACUUCUGGCUGCCAUUGUUCUUCUCCCUCCAAUAGAAGAACCAGCCCCUUUAGCUGAAGUACCCAGUUCUUUGGGCGUUCUUGAAGCUUUUGAAGCUCCUGAAGGUCCUUCUGCAGAGAUCCUUGCCAGUUCUUUACCCGCUGUUACUUCACCAGCAGCUGCUGCUGUCUCCUCAUCUGCCCCUCUUCCCCUCAUUGAGCUUACGUCUCCUAGCAGCUCUGGUAAAUCGAUAACUGAACUUUCUAAGGGUAAACGCCCAAGGUGCAAACUUACCAGAGCUCCUCCAUCAAAAAGGAGGCUCAUCCUCCCUACUGACGAGCUAGUUUCAGAGGGUUUUGCUUCGGCUGACCUUCCUUCUGAUGAACCGACGUUGGCGGAACUCUAUCCUUCCCUUAGUUUUCCUGCCUCACCCUUCUCUAAUGUCAGUGCUUCUGGUGAUUCUUUGCCCCCCCAUCCAUUCCUACUUCCUCCUUCUCUGCUGGUCCUUCCACCAUUCCCGUUCUUCCCAUAUUACUAG